ACCACCGCCGCCGCAGCCUCCUGCAGCGCCGGCGGUAAACUCUGCGCAGGUGGCGGCGCUCCAGGUCGAACUGAGCACCGUGCGCGAGAACCUGCGCCUGUCCGAGCAGCAGCGCAUGCAGGAGAUCAGAAUGAUUCAGGAGGUGAGAAAGGCGCUGGAGGAGGCCCUUCAGGAGAACGCCGAUCUGGAGAGCCGCUACCGACGCGACGUCGAGCAGCUGAAGACGGUGACGGCAGAGCGCGAGCAGCAGCUGAUGGAGGACGCCGAGGCGCGCCUGCGUGAAAUGCAGCGCGACUGGAAGCGGCGGCUGGACGAGCGCGAGCGGGCGGCGGAGGAGCGGACCGCCGCCGUCCGACAGGCGGUUGAGGUCGAGCUGCAGGCGGAGCUGACCGCCCUCAGCGACCAGCGCGCCGUCGUCGAGCAGAAGGCGGGCGAGGUGGAGCUGCUGCGCUCGUUCGAGGCGGAAGUGGUCCAGCUACGCGGACUGACACAUGAGCUGAUGCGCGAGCUGCGCGUCGGCAACCGCCAGGUGGAGAUGGCCAAGAUGCAGGAGGCGCUGGUGACCGACGAGAACCAACGGCUCAACGAGCUGGUCAGGAAGCAGACCAACACCAUCAACAGCAUACAGAAGGAGCUUCAGAAAGCCCGCCAGCAGUCGGAGACGGAGCUGGAGCAGACGCGCUCGUCGCUGACGGCUGAGUGGGAGGACCGGGUGCGGGCGGAGCGGAGCCGUCUCAAGACCGAGCUGGACACCCUGCAUGCUGAGGAGAAACACCUGGCUGUCGAGUCGACCCGCCUCCGGCUGGAGCAGGAGAUCCAGACGCUGCGGCAGGAGGGCGAGCAGCGGGUCCACAGGCUGGAGCAGGAGCUGAGUGUAGUCCGAGAAGAGCUCGUGCAAAAGGAUACGACACAUCAGGCUGACCCUGAGCGGACACAAAAGGAGGCGAAUGGCGCUAUUGACCUCCUCAAAGAAAAACUGCAACCACUGAACGAUGCACCGCAGUCCGCGACGACAGUACAGUCGGUUCGGGAAGAAGACAUAGACUCCUCACCGCUGGCGAACGGACGCAGCAGUGGGACGGACGAGGACGAAGAAGGAGACGAUGCUGAAGAGGACGAUGACUUUGACGAGGAGGACUCCGAGGCGGCCGGAGAGGAGAUUCGGCGAAAGCACCGGCGAGACCUUGAGCACCUGCUGCGCGGCAGCCAAGACCAGCGGGCCGCCCUGCAGGCUCUGUUGCAGACAUACGAGACCCGUGCGGCGCAGACCCAGCAGCAGCUGCGCAUGGCACACGCCGAGAGAAACCGUCCCGAUGCUCAGCCGGAGCGGCCGGUGGCAGGCGCCGCUCGACUGGCGGCCGUGCUGACGGCCCUGCAGGAGUGCGGCGACCAGCUGGUGCGGCUCAUCGCCGCCCGAGACGAGCAGCGGCUGAGGGGAGUCUGUCCGUGCAGCUGAGCUGCGGCGGUGCGAGCUGUCCGAGAGACCUACGGCGGCGGCCAUCGUCUGGAGACG